AUGGGCGAGCGCAAGGUUUUAAACAAGUACAUUCCCCCGGACUUCGACCCGGCGAAGAUCCCGCGCGGUAAGGCUCCGAAGGGUGGACAAAUCAAGGUGAGGAUCAUGCUUCCCAUGACGAUCUGUUGCAACACGUGCGGGAACUUUAUCACCAAGGGCACGAAAUUCAACGCCAAGAAGGAGGACGUCGUGGGCGAAGAUUACCUGGGGAUGCGGAUAUUCAGGUUUUACUUUCGGUGCACGCGAUGCAGCGCGGUGUUGGCGAUGAAGACGGAUCCGAAGAACGGGGACUACGUCGUCGAGGCGGGCGCGUCGAGAAACUACGAGAUGUGGAAGGACACGACGGAGGAGGACGCGGAGAGAGCGAAGGAGGAAGAUGAAGAGAAUAAUGAGAUGCGACGGUUAGAGAAUCGAGCGGAGGAGAGUAAGCGAGAGAUGGACAUCAUGGCGGCGCUGGACGAGAUGCGGUCGCUGAACGCGAGGCACGCGGGGGUAUCGAGCGCGGCGGCUCUGAGCGCUAUGGCGGCGAGAAAUGCAGACGUUAGCGAUGAAAGGGAGGCUGAGUUGGACGCGGAGACCGCUCGCGCGGUUUUUAACCAACAACGCGGGCAGUUGAUCAAGCGCAUCGAUAGUGAAAGUGACAGUGAUGAUGGCCCAUCGAAAAAGGCGAAGAUGGAGCCGCCACCGGCGAGCAUUGUGAUUAAGCGCUCGACGGCGGCGGCCAAGACGAAAGUCAAACCAACCGCCGCGGCGAAGCCCGAGCCAUCGCCCGCGGGUCUGGGAGGACUGUUGUGCGAUUACGGUAGCGAAUCUGAUUGA